AUAUAUGAGGGUGGUGGUAGGUAGGGUAUGUCUAAGUCUAAAUCUAUAAAUAAUAUGUAAGGGAAAAGAUAGACGGAAAGAAUGAUGUGGAGGUAGUAGGAUUAAAUGUUGAAGUUGAAGCCGGAGUAAAGAUUCGGAGGGGGGUGGAGGGGCACGCUAGGACGAAUCGGGUAAUAUAUAAGAUCUGGCGUGGGGUUGUAGAUGCCUCAGACAUCCACGUGGGAGUCUUGUUUCUACUAUCUUCAUUGCAGUAUGGCUAGGAUCUCUUAUUCGGAUCUGAUAUACUAUGAGCUCGAUGGCACAAACUAAUGAUUACAUUCUUCUACUCGACAACCGACUGUUCUCCGGGUGCCUGUCUAUCGCUAUACACACUUUCUGGGUACUAUAGAGAAUGCGCCGCUUCGAAAGAAUCUACGAUGUGGUAGAGCCUGUUGAAGAAUACCGUCAAGGGGGAUACCAUCCUGCGCAUCUUCACGAUGUGUUCCACCAAAGAUACGAAGUUAUUGGGAAGCUAGCAUAUGGCCAAUACUCGACGGUAUGGCUUGCAAAGGACCAACUAAAAGAUUCCCAACAAGUGGUACUGAAAAUACUAAAAGCAGAAGCAUCCCAAGACAACAAUAGGGAGCUUUCAAUCCUUCUUACCCUCUCAGAUUCCAAUUCAGAUCAUCCUGGAAAUAAACAAAUAGUUGAACUACUCGAUCAUUUCUACACCAAAGGACCGAAUGGAACUCACUUGUGUCUUGUUCUCCCUACGAUGAUAUCUGACGGGGCAGCAAUGACGGUCAGUGGAAGUCCGCGGGAAGUCAGCUACAUACGGGCUAUUUCUCGUCAGCUUUUGCUGGGACUUGACUUCCUACAUCAGUCAGGUAUUGUACACUGUGAUCCUCAACCGGCAAAUAUUCUCUUUUCAGUGGCUGGGGGUACAGACAUGGAGGCGUUAUUACAGCCUCCUGAGUUCAGUCCCGUUAAGUGGUUAGAAAGAAUUAAUGCAGACGAUAGUGCUCCUAAGUAUUUGGUGCCUAGUCAAAGGCGAAGAGGCCAGUUGAGUGAUGCACAUUUCUCAGCACUGGAGGUCAGGAUUGGGGAUUUUGGCGGAGCUCAAUAUGUUCAACACUGUGAUGAAAAACCAGUGACACCUUUGGGCUUGCGCGCACCUGAGCUGUUUAGAAAGACCCGGGAUACUUCAAUUGAUACUACGCUGGAUAUCUGGGCAUUGGGAUGUUUGAUAUUCAAACUAGCAACGAAUGAGCCACUGUUCCCUCUGGACACGUUCGGCAUCACACGAGAGGAGAUAGACAAUGACCACGGUAUUCUUAUUGAGAAACGACUCGGUUCGAACAAUCAGGACGGGGACUUCGCAGAAUACCUACGCGAACGGUUACCCGAGAAUUUUGGUGCUAAGAAUGCGGAGAGCCUCGCCUCGUUCCUUCUACUUAUGUUGCAAAUAGACCCUCGCGAACGUUUAUCUGCAGAACAGCUACUUCAGACACCCUUCAUGACGGAUGAUUGCUGAAGGACUUUUAUUACUGUGCUCACUUGCAGAAUACGGUAUUAUGAAAUCUGUUUGUUGUGAAAGAAGCUUUGGCAAUCAAAUAUUAUUGUACACAUUAAGUUACUGCCAUUUCUUAUUUCAGUAAAAAUCA